GUGACCGCCGCCGCCGCAGCCCGGCCCGGCGCCGCCAUGUCCUCCCUCAGGGACGCAGGCCCCGAGCUCCGAGCCUACUUCAGGCGCCACAACCUCCUCGGCAUCUACGAGGCUCUGCUUUGUGGUGUAAUUGUUAUGCGUCCAGAAGAUCCACUUAUAUUUUUAGAAGAAAAACUCAAAGAAAUAAUGGAAAAGGGACUUGAUGCUGGUUUAUGGUAUAUGUGCAUUGAUUCUUCUUUACGGACAAACUUGAAGAAGAUUGCAGAAACUUACCUUAACACCCUUUUUGGACUAGAUGAUGAACAGCUGAUGACUACAGAAUUAUUUGCCAAAGUGUCGACCUUCUACAGGAGAAACUUAAUGAAGUUAUAUUUUCAAGGGUGGAUAAAAUAUUGUCUACUGAGAAGGAACAAAAGAAAAAAGACAGAGCAGAAGAUGGUUCUAGCAGUAGUCCAUUAUAAAUUCCGAAUAAUAAAAGUAAUUAUUCAGAAGUGGAACACAUUGGUUCAGAUUCACAAAGAAAAAAAGAUAUUGGCAACAAAGAGACUACAACAGAUCUUUAAUAAAAUAUUUUUAAAUGCUGUCAUAAAAGCUUGGCAUACAGAGGCCUGCAGUUCUUCGAAAACAAAAGCAUAUUUUGAGAGUUUGGUAAAGAAAGGUCAGGAAGGCUAUUUUGAUUCAAAUGAAGAUCUUACUUACAAAUCUGUUAAAUGUAAAAGAUCCAAUUUACCAGAAGAAGCCUUAUUACAGAUUUUUCGUUAUGUAAAUUUAGUUGAUCUGGCAAGAUGUGCUCAAGUUAGCCAAACCUGGAUGCUACUAACUCAGAACAGUUCAUUAUGGAGUGAUAUCAACUUUUCAUCAGUAAAGCAUAAAGUUCAGGACAAAAUAGUAGUAAAUAUUUUGCAGAAGUGGCGUCCGUAUGUAUUUCGUUUGAAUCUUCGAGGUUGCUAUUCUCUUCACUGGCCUAGCUUUAAAAGUAUCAGUGAAUGUAAAAAUUUGCAAGACUUAAAUCUCUCUGAAUGCCAGGGAUUAAAUGAUGACUCAAUGAGACUCAUAUCAGAAGGCUGUCCAUCUCUUCUCUAUUUAAAUCUGUCAUAUACAGAUAUUACUAAUGGAACACUACGACUGUUGUCAAGGAGUUUCCCCAAUUUACAGUAUCUGAGUUUAGCUCACUGCAGAAAAUUCACAGACAAAGGUUUACAGUACCUGGGCUCUGGAAAAGGAUGUCACAAGCUCAUCUAUUUGGACCUUUCAGGUUGCAUUCAGAUUUCCGUUGAUGGCUUCAGAAAUAUUGCCAAUGGCUGCAGUAGGAUUCAGGAUUUGCUAAUCAAUGAUAUGCCAACUCUAACCGACAGAUGUAUUCAAGCUUUGGCUGAAAAAUGCCAGCAGAUUAUGUCUGUUGUCUUUCUUGACUCCCCACAUCUAUCUGAUACAACUGUUAGAGCCCUUGCUGAAUGUAAACUUGUCAAGGUCAGCAUUGAAGGAAAUAAUCGAAUUACUGAUUUAAGUUUCAAGUUGAUGAGUAAAUACUGCCCGUACAUCAGGCAUAUCCAUAUGGCUGAUUGCCAGAAGAUCACAGAUGCUGGUCUUAAGAUGAUUGCACCAUUGAAGUAUAUUCUUGUCCUGAAUUUAGCAGACUGCAUAAGAGUCGGUGAUGGAGGUAUAAAGCCAUUUGUAGAAGGUUCUUCGGGUGCUACUCUAAGAGAGCUGAAUCUGACUAAUUGUAUUCAAGUCACUGAUGCUUCUGUCGCAAAAAUUGCACAAAGAUGUCGUAAUUUGACCUACCUAAAUCUGCGUUACUGUGAAAAUGUGACUGAUGCUGGCAUUGAAGCUUUGGGAAAUAUGCCUUCAUUGAUAUCCAUUGAUAUCUCUGGAACCAGUGUAUCAGAUAUGGGUUUGAGAGCCCUUGGCUGCAGUGGAAAAAUAAAGGAACUUUCUAUAUCAGAAUGCCAAAACAUCAGCGAUACUGGGAUUCAGGAGUUCUGCCAAGACACAAAACACCUAGAAUAUUGUCAUGUCUCUUACUGCCCUCAGCUGACGGAUGAAACUGUGAAAGCUUUGGCAUUUCACUGCCACAAACUUACAUCUGUCAACAUAGCUGGUUGUCCGAAGAUGACUGAUCUAUGUAUUGAGUAUUUGGCUGCAGCCUGCUGUUACCUCCAUUUCUUGGAUAUCUCUGGUUGCAUUCACCUUACUGACAAAGCACUGAAGUACCUUUGGAAAGGUUGUAAGCAACUCCAGAUUCUCAAGAUGCUGUACUGUAGAAAUAUUACCAAACAAGCUGUCCUGAAAUACACAGCCAAGUUGGAGAAACAAGAGCAUAAUGAUGCUGACCCUCCUCCCUGGGUUGGGUACGACAGAAAUGGUAACAUACUCACCUUCACCAAAUAACACCAGUUAGAACUUGAAUAAACAAAUCCUUCAAAAUGAAAACUGAAGAAACUAUACAACAUCUAUAGUUCCACUUGUUUUUCAAUAGAACAUGACAAGACACUACAAUAUUUUUCUUAAAAUUAAUAAUCCUUUAAUAAAAGACAACUCUUGCUGAAUGAGUAAGGAUGCAUUAUGAAUCUUUCUAGUAGGAGCAUAUGUGCCUUCAAGCAACACAGCUGUACUGAAAAGACACUGCUGACUUUCAGAUGUUGAUUCAAGCUGUCUUCAUCUUUCAAUAAUUUGAAGUUUUUGUAAACUCAUACAGAGUAAACAGUUAAUAAAUGUGUAUGUGUUUGAGGUU